AUGGCUCAGCGACAAAUGUGCUAUUCAAUGGGCGCGCUGCGGCGCUCAUUGGUAGCAGAUGUAGCCUCGGCGCCGGCAUGCUCGUCGAGAGCCCUGCACAGCUCGGCGAAGAGGCUCGAAGAGCAACCCAGCGAUGCGUCGCCAGCCCAGCCGCAAAAUACGCGGCAACUCCGCUCCGCCACGGCUCUCAAGCAGAUUGCCUCGCUCCAGAACCGCCGCCAGCCCGGUGGCCUCGCUCGAGGCGUGUUUCCCAGCGGCCAAAUGGUACGGCGAAGCCCGCGGGCGCCCUCGCCCCAGACCACCGAAGAUGGCGCAGACGCAACCCCCCGCUUCGCUCGCAACGCAGCUGGCCCAAGGACAAGCCGCGGCUCGGCCCCUCCCCCUCAGGGCCAAAUGGUCCGCGCCCCCUCCACACUCCGUGCAGCCCGCGAGGCAGGCGACGCCGCCGUCAAAGGCCCCAAUCUACGCGCGCGAGACGCCCGCAGACCAGGCGCUGGCGGAAGACGAAGAGCCACCGGCAACAACCGUCCCGGCGACGGCGUCAAGAGGCGUGAUAGAAAAGCCGCGGGAGAGGAUGAGUCGCUGGGAACCAGCAUUUCGCAGGUGAAGCUCGACGAAACAAUCUCAGAUAGUAUGGCGCUGCACUUGCUGCGUCUGCAGCGAAAGGAGUGGGACCGUGUGCCGUAUGAGCCCAAGUACGCCGAGGGAAGCUUCGCGGCGAGUGAACUGAUACAUGCGGGGAGAGAGCUGUUCAAAGGCGAGAGCCCGCCCGUCAAGCUGUGGGGCCCGCUCGAGAAGCGCAUUGGUGUCGUGGGCAUGUUUGGCGCAGAGGCACAUUUGAAGAUACGGCGUGUGCCCGAC